GAUCGAAUAUCAAUUAUUAUAUUCGUAAUAGAUAAGCCAGUAUAUCAUUACAAGUGUUGUGGCAAUUGAUAUAAGUACCAAGUACUAUUUUAAAGAAGACAUACAUUGACAAAAAUAUUUAAAAUUAAAAAAAAUGUCUGUCCGUCCUUUGUCAGCUGAGCUUGCUGAAAAGGCCCGCGUGGAACUGAAUGAGGAUCCGAAGAGAUUAACAGAAGAUCUACAGCAUAUAAAAAAUUGGUUAGCGAAACAACCCCACAUACGGGCUAGAACUGAUGAUCAAUGGCUUACAGUGUUCUUGCGUGGUUGCAAAUUUAGUUUAGAACGUGUAAAAGAGAAAUUGGAUCUUUACUAUACUAUACAUACUGCAGCUCCGGAACUCUUCCGAGUGAAGCAUACUGAUCCGCUGUUUGAGGAAAUUUUUAAUUUGAAACUGUUAAUAGUGCUACCCAAACUUCCGGCACCGGAUUCUCCGUUAAUAUCCAUCUUCAGACCUGGAAUGUACGACCCACAAAAAUAUAACAUUACCGAUAUAAUGUCUGUGACAAAUACUAUGCAAAAGAUAAUGUUGGUUGAUAAUGAUAAUGCGUCUGUAGCUGGUUUCCGUUUCAUAAUGGAUUUGGAGGGAGCUUCAAUGGCGCAUUUCUUACAAAUGUCUCCGACACUGAUGAAAAAAGGAGCGGUGUAUUCUCAAGAUGCAUCACCAGUUCGCAUGAAAGGUUUCCAUUAUUUAAACACUCCGCCAGGAUUUGAAACUUUUUUCAAUUUUAUUAAAGGUUUACUCAAUGAGAAAAACAGGAGUCGGCUUUAUGUUCACAACAAGAACUAUGAAGAAUUAUACAAGUACAUACCCAAAGACAUUCUACCAAUCGAAUAUGGCGGAACUGGUGGAACAAUUGAUGAAAUUAUGGAUAGCUGGAGAAGAAAAAUCCAGGAAUACAACUCCUGGUUAGAAGAAGAUAGAAAAUAUGGCGUAGAUGAGUCCAAGAGGCCGGGAAAACCUAAGACUGCUGAAGACUUAUUUGGUGUUGAAGGCUCGUUCAGACAACUUGAAUUUGAUUGAAUUUUUUUGCGUAUGGGGUUUAUAUAGCUUUUUUCUGACUACAAUUUUUUUCUUUAUACUUUAUUGUGCACAAAUAGAAUGAUAGAACAUUUAAUUUUAAAUGUAAUGUACAACGGCGAGCUGUGGAAUACAUUUUUGUUAUUAUUUUAAGUAAAUAAAGAAGUAAUUAAAAACAAAAA